CCUCGUUAGCUCCUGUUUCAUACCCAUGGCCGCGUAUUACAUGUGCAAUUAGAUCUAUGUCAACGAGCAGUUAAGGCCCGAAAAUAUGAAAAUUGGGGCCUUAAGUCCUCGUAGCUAGAUUUUUAUUUGUAACACAUGGUCAGCAUAAAAUGGAGGAGGAGUUGGAUGGGCUCAGUGCACAGGAGUUACUUGAGAAGAGAGAUGGUAUCGAGCUAGAGAUUAGAGAGCAGCUGGCUGUACUGGAGCAGGAGGGUGGGGUUGGUAUGAAGGGUGCUCUGGUGGACAGGGAGGGGUUUCCCCGCGGUGACGUGGACAUCUACGUAGUGCGGACAGCCCGACAGAAAGUGUUGUGUUUGCAGAAUGACCACAAGUCUCUCAUGAAACUGCUCGAGAAGAAGCUUCACGCGAUACACGCAGAGGAGAGGGAAAGGAGAGGCCCUACUGACGAGUUGCCAAGCAACCAGCCAGUAACAAGGGCUCGUGGCUUUGUUAUAGUCAAUCAAGUAUCACCAGGGUCACCGGCCGCAGUGGCUGGGCUGAGCGUGGGAGAUCAGAUUUGUGAAUUUGGAUCCAUAAAAAGUGAAAAUUUUCAGAGUUUGCAAGACAUCGCUACAGUGGUCCAACACAGUCAAAAUAGUACAGUGAGGGUAGUGGUCUUGAGAGGGGGUGUGACUACCGUUCUCUCCCUCCGUCCUCAACGAUGGUCCGGGAGGGGGCUAUUAGGGUGUAACAUAGUGCUGCCCACCUGAUUGCCAACACCCGCCCACUCAACCACACACAGCGUCAACACAAGUACAAGAAAUGAUGACUCAAUAUUGUUGUGUGUUUGUACAAUCAUUCCUGUCAUUGUUAAAAUAACAAUAAUUACAGCAAUAUUAUCAAUGACAAAAUGUGUUUUACAGUAACGUAUGCAUUCCAUUAAUUUAAAAAUGAAGGUAGAUUUUAAUUGAA